AUGUCUGUAUUGUAUCAUGUUAAAGGGACCGAGCAGAUGGAUGUCCUCACGGGCCUGCUCAAGACUUUUUCAGAUAGUAUUGCUCUUUCUGCUGGGGAGAUCACCAGGUCCGCAUAUAGUGGCUCUACUGCUGGUUCGCCGCCCGAUGGAGACCUACAGUCGUAUAGGGGUAUUGGAGCAAUGGCUGCGCAGGGGCAGGUCGCGGUACUGAAGGCUAUGCGUGACCGACAAGCAUCGUCAUCAAGUGGACUCCCUAUUGGUAUCUCUAUGGAGCAGCUGAGUAUGCUUGCUGGUCACCUUACUACAGUGUUGUCCACAAUACCAGCACUGGCGCACACUGAGAAGAUCUCAGCAACGGUGGUCUUAGACGCCUUGGACCUAAUCUCGCAGUGUGUUCCGUUGACUGAGACUAUCAUUGACCUGGUGGAGGGACUCAGCGAUGAGUCUGCUAGUGUAUGGCAUGCUGUGAAGAAGUGUGCUGUGAAUUUGUCGAACAUUCUCGUUUUUGGCAAAGUCGAUUUGGCGAGAAUUUUGAGCGGAGCGACGCAGGCGUGUAUGGCGAAAGCUGUCGAGUUUCUCGCCCUUGCACACUACAGGGCAGUGACAUUCAUAAUCGCCAAUAAUGAAUCAGCUGCUGCUGCUGCGAUUAAGGGGAGUGAUCGAAAGCCUUCUUGGAACUGGAUGCACUGUGACUUUCCUGGUUGCCCAGGCAGGUUGGUUGGAAGCUUCAUGUUCCUUUUCUCUCAACACAAGGGCCCUCGUGGUGGUAUGGACGACGCCGUGAGCUAUAAAUGGGAUCUACUGGGUCUGUUCAAGAGGUUCCUCCUCCUACACGGACAGAACUGUGUGGGUGAGCUGAGCGAUAAUCUGGAUGAUAUACUCGAUGAAAAAGGGUUGAUGGGGAUAACCACGGGGGUAUCUCAGGACGUAUGUGACAUGUCCGCUAGGGAUUACCUCAGAGCUAUGAUACUAUCAGUUCAGUCGGAUGUAUUACUAGUUCUGCGGUCUAGGUUGUCUAUACAGCAGACGGCCAAGGCGGUUAACCUCUUCUGUGGUUAUCUAUUGGAUGAUACUCGGUCCUUCGCUAGCCGGACUGCCUCGAUAAGUCUAUUGCUUAGUCUGGCCGAUCAGCUCAUUAACAAGCCCAGUGAAGACUCUAAGCAGUCUGAGCAGUCGAGUAACGGAUCACAGCAAGGAACCCCUACAGCAGCCGCUGCCCCAGCGCCUGAUCGACGCGGCAAGCCCUUCACUGAUAUAUUGAUGCAACUGUCUAUUACGGUUACAGUCAGCUUUGAGAGACUCACUGGUGAAAUCGCUCAGCUGAUCGAUGCCAUGGUCCUGGCUGGGGAAGGCAUUUACCUUGUGGAUGAGGAGAAUGUUGCGAGGAGGUCUGAGAUUCCCCCGAUACUUGAGCGCUGGGCGGAAAGAGCGCGGCAUACCGUGAACAGUGUAUGGGCUAUCUCUAAGGUGACACGGCUGAUGACUCCGCAAUGUGAUUGGUCGGCCUGUGCUCUUCCGAAAGAAGAGAUUGCGGUUACCAUGAAUGUUGGGUGUAGUACUACUGGACCGCUGCCUGUAAUUCCUUUGACUACGAUAGUCACAGGUGUUGGCCAGCUGCGUGAGUUGGCUAGAGCUCUUAUCAGUCUGUCUAAACCGAUUCAGUGGUCGCUAGCUAAUAAGUGUUCCCCUAGUAUAGCGAGGUCGAGAGAGUGUCUCGACCUGUUGGAUAGAUACCUGGUUGGUGGUAUGAAAAUGUGCCAUUUGGUGGCGGUCGCGACUUCAGUACAGCACUUGGCAACAUCGAUGAGUUUGCAUAGGAGGAAGCCAGGUGCUGAUAGUCUACUGAAGAUGGGCGAUGAGAAGGUCUUUACAGCGGAGGGAAUGUUUGGUAUGAUGGUCCAAAGCAGCAAUGCGGAGGAGCAGUCACUUCUGGAUGCAUUUGGUGGUGUUUUCCAACACCUUAGUGAGGCAUCCUUCACCGACCUGUUUGCCUUCCGAUUCAGCUGGCUCCUUAGGGUGGUUUCUGUGAACAACAUUGCAUUGGUACUCACUCAACAAUUUAUGUCGCAGGCUCAUACAAGCCCUGCUUUUACUGAGAUACUCGUGGCCUUGUCAGUGCAUCGCAUCGAAGACAUAUUCGCCUCUAAUGAUAAGGAGCCGGAGGCGGCUGUGAAGAGAGGAGUGCCUCGGCAGUGGUUCAACCCUAAAUAUCAAGUGGUUGACAGAGCCAUUGACAAUCGGGAUGGCUCGGUGGUUGCCAGACCUGAAGGGCCUGUUGGACAGACGAGGCUGGACCGGUUUGUGGCCUCCCAGGAGCCCUUUGGGGGCCUUCUGGGUGGUGAUGUUGUCUCACAACCAUGCGAGUUGGCCUAUCAGGGUGGUAAUGAUCCUGACGACCCCUACAUCCAAUGUGUGAAGUUUUAUGGUAUGAGGGAGAACUGCGAUGGUAUGCCCAACGCCUGUGUCACUUUCGACAGUGGAAGUGUUCUGCUGAGACUUUAUAAGUGGGUUAUGAAGUGUGUCGCGCACUUCUCGGCUAGUGGUGGGCCGACCAUGGCACCACAGAUAGUAGAUGUGGUUACUGAGUGCCUUCAGCUAGCUCAGUCGACGUUGGCUGGCGAACCCAAUAACGUCAUUGGGAUAGUCAAGACUGCUUUCCGAGCAAUCACUAAGGGAGGGAAUCUCUAUGACAUACCAGAAUUACAUGAGCUUGUUGAUCCUAUCAUCGACUAU